UCAAUAGGAGCAAUGCUUCUGAAACUGUAUGAUUGAAACACCAUCUACUGUAUCCCACUGCCCAGAGCCACUCAGCGCAGAUGCAAGUUGUGACGACGCAUCUCAAAGUGCUGCAGACCUACUGGAGAGAAUUGUACAGGGCACCGACAUAGCUGCAACACCUGGCCCCUCGGACGAAACCACGACCAUUGCUAAUAACCCGCGGCAGGAGGCAUCAACGAAUGCGGACGACAGGCCCGAUACUGAAGGAGCUGCCCAAGUUGUGCCUAGAAGACGCAGGGCUCAAGCAGCGACGGCUAGUGCGGACUAUGAAUUCAUCGAGAAGAGGUGGAGACACGAGAGGGCCCUGAAAGAGAAGGAGCACGCGCUUGAGAUGGAGCGUCUGGCCGUCGAAAAGCUCCGAAUCGAGCGAAAGCAACAACGCUCUGAGAAAAGGCACGAGCUGAAACGAGAGAGAACUGAAAGAGAGCUGCAACUGAGAGAGCGGGAAAUGGAAAUUCGCGAACGCCAGCUGCAAGCACAACUCGACGAAGCGAGCCAAAGAGAGCAACUGUCGAGAUUCCACAAGGCUACUCAAGACGCGAUACUCAAAACUGUAGAAACGAUUUGUGAAAAGUUGGCAAAGUAAAAAGCAUGUAAAUAACAUUCGGCUGGGUUGACAAGAACGCAGACUAAAUAAUGUAACAGCGCUUGUGGCUGGGCCGGAAAUCCAGCCCGCGACCUCAACCUUAAUUUUAUUAUGGAAACAUUUCAGUGUUGCUGAGAAGACACUUCGAGAUUGUAUACCUGAAUUAUUACAGCAGAAGAACCGACAUUUGGGCGAGUUGGAUUGCGUUAAACAUG